AUGCCAGCCAAGACCCCCAUCUACCUGAAGACCUCCACCCCCAAGCGGGGCCGGAAGCUGCGCCUGCGGGACGUGCUCUCCAGCGACAUGAUCAGCCCCCCGCUGGGCGACUUCCGCCACAGCGCCCACAUCGGCCUGGACGGGGAGGGCGACAUGUUUGGGGAGCUCUCCUUCCUGCAGGGCAAGUAUGACCUGCUGCCCCGCCUGGGCCGCUGCGGGGGCUCCCCAGGGGGUGGGGGCGGCUACCGCACCCUCCUGAAGAGCGCUGUCUCCCUGCCCGCCUUCAGCGGCGCCCAGGACCAGGCACCCCCCAAGCCGCCCCGCCUCCACCUGGAGGAGAUGCCCAGCGGCGGGGGGCAGGGGCGCUCCAUGUCGGUAGGCUGUGCCAGCGCCGCCGAAGGCCUCUCCUUCUCCGCCACGGCCGGCCCUCACUACGAGCCGCUGGCCUCGUCCGUCUCCUUCUCGGCCCCCCCACCAGAAGGCGGCUGUUUUGUGGGGGGCAGCGGGUACCGUGCGGUGGGCAGCCAGGAGUGCCCCUGUGGGGGAGCAGCCCCCCUGCCUCGCUCGGAGUCCUUGCUGCGCCUGGACCUGGACCUAGGCCCCUCCAUCUUGGAUGACGUCCUGCGCAUCAUGGAGGAAUACCAGCGGCCUGUGCCCAAAGCCCUGUAG